AGUUCGUUGUUUUUCCAUCAGAAAAAAAACAGUGAAUGAGUGAACAGUGAAAAAAAUGCAUUACAAGUGACAAAACUGUUAUUAAAUAACCAGUGAAAAAGUGCAAAGGGCUGCAGCCAAUUCACAAAAAUCAAAAUGCAUUUCCAAAAUAUGUAGCUGCUGUGGCUUUUCCGCAAACGCAAAGAAAAUCGGUAAAAAGGAAAACAAAAUACAUUCAAACGCGAAUGUAAAUGUGAAGCGCAGGGCAAAUUUCAUUUCAGCCAGCAGAGUCGCAGAGACAACAACGGACAGAGAUAACGUCAGCAAACGACACUAUCUAAUACUGAUAAGGAUUUGAAAUUCAAUUCAGUUAAAAGAGUGUCCUGCACAGCGGAAACGGCAACAACAACGACAUUGGCAGCGGCAGCGGUCACCUUAUUGCUUAUCAUUGAAUGAGCAUGUCGCACGGCAGCGCCGGCGCGCAGACUGGUGCUGGUGGCGGUGGCGUUGUUGGCGGCAGUGUCGGUGGCGGUGCAGCAGCAGCAGCAGCGGCGGCAGCGGCUGGUUCUGAAUAUCGUGAGCUACAUUGGACUGUGUCGAGUGUAAUGGACUCGUCGCGUGUAUCCACCUGCCUUAUAUCGAUGCUGCUCAUUGUCUAUGGCAGCUUUCGUAGCCUCAACAUUGAGCAGGAAGCGCGAGAGCGUGAACAAAAGAAACGCAAUGAGUCUAUGACGAAUCUGCUCACAGGAGAGCAUGUCGAGAAGGAGCCAACGGAUAAGUUUGCCACGCUGGACACGAUGCAUGCGCUGUGCUUGCCACUUGGUGCUUCCAUAUCGCUGCUCAUCAUGUUCUUCUUCUUUGACUCGAUGCAGCUGCUCUUUGCCGUCUGCACAGCCAUCAUUGCCACUGUGGCGCUGGCAUUUCUCCUCUUGCCCAUGUGCCAGUACAUCAUACGUCCCUGCACGGAUGGGAAGCGUUUCUCUUUUGGCAUCUGCGGACGGUUUACGGCAGCGGAACUCUUUAGUUUUACGCUCUCCGUAUCGAUUGUGUGCGUUUGGGUGCUCACUGGACAUUGGCUCCUCAUGGAUGCAAUGGGCAUGGGACUGUGUGUUGCCUUCAUUGCGUUUGUGCGUUUGCCCAGCUUAAAGGUGUCGACGCUGCUGUUGACCGGUUUGCUGAUCUAUGAUGUUUUUUGGGUAUUCCUCUCAUCGUAUAUAUUCAGCACAAAUGUGAUGGUCAAGGUGGCCACACGUCCCGCCGAGAAUCCCGUUGGCAUUGUCGCACGCAAAUUGAAUUUGGGCGGUAUUGUGCGGGACACACCGAAGUUGAAUUUGCCGGGCAAACUGGUUUUCCCCAGCAUACACAAUACGGGACACUUCUCGAUGCUUGGACUGGGGGAUGUCGUUAUGCCCGGUCUACUGCUGUGUUUUGUAUUGCGUUACGAUGCAUACAAAAAAGCACAGGGCAUUACCUCGGAUCCAACGCUUUCACCGCCAAAGGGUGUUGGCUCCAGGUUGACGUACUUUCAUUGUUCCUUAUUGGGCUAUUUCUUGGGUCUGCUAACGGCAACUGUCAGCUCUGAGGUGUUUAAGGCCGCACAACCUGCCUUACUGUACUUAGUGCCGUUCACGUUAUUGCCGCUUCUGCUGAUGGCCUACCUAAAGGGAGAUCUGCGGCGCAUGUGGAGCGAACCGUUCAUUACGCAUCCACCAUCAAAACAACUGGAAGUCUGAGUGUACUCUAUUUUAAAAAAGAAUUAAAAAGGAAAAGAAAAAACAAUACUAAAAAUAAGGAAAGAAAAAGAACACACAACAAAUCUAAACACUAUUAAUUCUCUCUUAAUAACGUACGUAUUGUUUAGUUAUGCGUAUCAACGUUUUUUAUAAGUUAGGUGAUCCUCUUUUUAGUGAAGUAACAGCAAAACCGAAUAAUAAAUGUACGUAGUUUUAGCAUAAGUGGAAAAGAUUUUUAACAACCACAAAAUUGUACAAUGUAUAAUGUUGAUGUAACUUGGCUUUACGUUACGCAAAGCUGAAAAUAGAUACAAUUUAUGCUGGCCGUAAUA